CGACAGUGGAGAGCGCGUUUGCGGCAGCAGUUUGAGAGAGCACAAAAACAAUCCGAAGAAGAGAGCGAUCAAACUACAAAAGCUGAAUGUGAUCCAAACUAGUUACAGAUUUAAAGAAGAGGUACAAAAAAGUUCCCCUCAAGAUCAUCUGAGAGAUCUGGUUCUUUGGGCCUCCAAACAUCACAGCAAUAACAAUUCACACCUUCAUUGAAGCCACUCCCACAACAAAUCACCAAUAAAUACUGUGAAUAUUCCCAUCAUCCUACACGAGAAGUUCUUCAGACCAGCAGGAAGAUCUCCAGGUGUAACAACUGAAAUCUGUGUGAUAUAAUAUGGAAAAGAUGGAGUUUGUUAAAGAGGAGAAAGAAGACAUGAGUUAUCUAGAGCCAUACAACAUAAAACAUGAAGAUACUGAGGAACAAAUAGACAUCAUAAAAGUGAAAGAAGAAACCCAAGAACUGAAUGAAGUGGUGGAGGAACAUCAGGAUCAGAAGCCUCAUCAUUUCUUAAGUGGAGAAAAAUCGUUUUUUAGUUGUGCAGAGACUGAAAAUAAUUUCUCACAAAACAAAACUCAGACAACAGAGGACAAAAACUCUUUCACCUGCACUCAGUGUGGAAAGAGUUUUAAACGUAAAGACAGUCUUAAAACACACUUAAGAAUCCACACGGAAGAGAAACCUUUUACCUGCUCUCAGUGUGGAAAGAGUUUUACACGUAAUCACGGCCUUAAAACACACUUAAGAAUUCACACUGGAGAAAAACCUUUUACAUGUCCUGAGUGUGGCAAGAGUUUUAAAUGGGCACCCACUUUGAAGUAUCAUCUACUCUCUCACUCUGGUCUAAAGUCUUUUCACUGUGAUCAGUGUGGUGAAAGUUUUAUUUCAGCAUCAGUUCUAAAAAAACAUCUGAAUGUUCAUGCAAAGCCAUACUUCUGUUUAUGUGGAAAGAAUUUUUCAUCUCCGAGCAUUUUGAAAGCACAUGAGAAUACACACACUGGUGUUAAAGAUCAUGUGUGCUCUGACUGUGGAAAGGGCUUCACUGUACCCAGCGAAUUAAAAAAACACCAGAGGAUUCAUACUGGAGAAAAACCUUACAAGUGCUCUCAAUGUGACAAAAGUUUCGUUCAGUCAGGACAAUUGAAAACACAUGAGAGAAUUCAUACUGGAGAGAAACCGCACAAGUGCUCACAUUGUGAUAAAAGUUUUGCUCUGCCGGCAUACCUGAAAACACAUGAGAGAGUUCAUACUGGAGAGAAACCGUACAAGUGCUCUCAAUGUGACAAAAGUUUCACUCAGUUAGGACAACUGAAAACACAUCAGAGAGUUCAAAUGUGUAGAACCAGUGCAGUCUAUGUAGGAGGAGUUUUUCAAGACUGCAGUAUCUAAUUAUUCACACAAACAAAAAAGUGUUUUUCAGUAAGCAAAUAUCGUAAGGAAUAAAGUUAAGCUUAAGCUACAACGAGUUGAAUGAAGAUUGUUUGUAUUAAACAGUUCUGUGCUCUUUUCAAAUUCAGCUGUGAUUUUCACAUUUAUCAAUUCUGAAUUUGUGUAUUUUGGUUUCCUAAAGCAUAUUUUAAACCAGGUUCAUUAACACCUGAGCUCUUUCU